CAGUAUAGUUAUCUUUGAGUCUUCAACGAUCUACAACGCCUUCAACAUGAAAUUCGCCAUCGUCCUGCUCGCCCUCUUCGCCGUGGCUCUGGCCGCUCCAACUCAGGAGGUAUCCGUCGUGAAACAAGUAUCCGAUGUUGGUGCCGAGGGCUACAACUUUGCUGUGGAGACCAGCGAUGGCUCGAAGUUCGAGGAGCAGGGUCAUCUGGAGAACGUGGGAACCGAGGAGGAGGCCAUCGUCGUCCGUGGAUCCUUCGCCUUCUUGGGCGAUGAUGGUGUCACCUACACUGUCAACUACGUCGCCGAUGAGAACGGAUUCCAGCCCCAGGGUGCCCAUCUGCCCGUUGCCCCCGAGGCUUAAGUUGAAUUAUUUUAAAUAAAUUGUUUAUAAAA